UCAACAGAAAAAUAGAUUUCUUAAGCUAAACAAAAAAAUAUAAUGUUGCGGUGUAUUGGAAAGAAAAGGCGGAUUUAUAGAAAAAAGUGGUUUUACAUGGUAAAAGCUGUUAGUGUUAAAAAUAGAAUGUAAUUAAUGAAAGAAAUGGGAAAAAAAAAUGAAAGGAAGGGCGCCAUGUAUGGAUCUGGAGCGAAGAAUGAGGACGGGAAUUUGUGGUGAGCAAUGCUUGCGCACAAGGGAUUCCCUUGUAUAAAUGGCAUCGCCCAAUGGAGUUCGUAGAUCAAAGCAGACAAAUCUUCCUCCACUUGGGGAUCGCAAACACUAAUUGAUAAGUUAAUUUCAUUGGAGAGACGGAUCUUUUUGAAAAGCAGGUGAAGGGAGAAAAGCCAUGGGUGGAGUGAUGCUAAUAUUGUUGUUAUGCCUGUGGGCUGGAUCGAUGCUGGUGGCCCGAGCCGAAGAUCCUUACCUUUUUUUCACUUGGAACCUCACCUACGGCACCAUCUCUCCCUUGGGAGUUCCCCAGCAAGGCAUUCUUAUCAACGGUCAGUUCCCCGGGCCCAAUAUCAACUCUACCAGCAACAACAACAUCGUGCUCAAUGUCUUCAACAACCUUGAUGAGCCAUUCCUUUUGACAUGGAACGGCGUACAACAAAGGAAGAACUCUUGGCAGGAUGGUGUGCUCGGAACCAACUGCCCUAUUCUCCCUGGGAAGAAUUACACCUAUCACUUCCAGGUCAAGGACCAAAUUGGCAGCUACAUGUAUUAUCCAGUGACAGCUAUGCAUAAGGCAGCCGGAGGUUUUGGUGGCCUUCGUAUUAACAGCCGUCUACUCAUUCCUGUCCCCUACCCUGAUCCUGCGGAUGACUACACUAUCCUUGCGGGAGACUGGUUCAGCAAAGGACACACCACCCUCAAGAAACUGCUGGAUGGCGGCCGCAACCUUGGCAGAUGUGACGGUGUCCACAUUAAUGGGAAAGUAGCCAAAGGUGAUGGUAAGGAUGAACCUCUCUUCACCAUGGAGCCUGGCAAGACCUACAAGUAUAGGAUUUGCAAUGUCGGAAUCAAGACAUCUCUCAACAUCAGGUUCCAAGCCCACAACAUGAAACUGGUUGAGAUGGAGGGCUCUCACACAGUGCAAAAUGUGUACGAAUCCCUUGAUGUUCAUGUUGGACAGUGCUUUAGUGUGCUUGUAACGGCCGACCAGGAACCUAAGGAUUAUUACGUUGUGGCCUCUACCCGAUUUACCAGACGAUUGGUUACAUCCACCGGCAUCAUCCGCUACACCAAUGGCAAGGGACCGGCCUCACCUGAGCUGCCUCCACCACCUGUUGGUUGGGCUUGGUCACUCAACCAAUUCCGUACCUUCCGUUGGAACCUCACUGCUAGCGCUGCCAGGCCUAAUCCUCAAGGCUCCUACCAUUAUGGUUCCAUUAACAUUACCCGUACCAUCAAGCUAGCUAACACCGCCGGAAAGGUAGAUGGCAAGCUUCGAUAUGCCAUUAACGGAGUCUCCUAUGUCGACCCACCCACUCCAUUGAAACUUGCCGAAUACUAUAACGUCGCCGACAAGGUUUUCAAGUAUGAUAAUAUUGCGGACGAUCCGCCAGCUACAAUCUCAGAAAUCACUCUAAACCCUAUUGUCCUUAACUUGACCCACCGAACCUUCAUCGAGAUCAUCUUUGAGAACCGUGAGACCGCCAUUCAGUCUUGGCACUUGUCCGGCUAUUCAUUCUUUGCUGUGGCCAUCGAGGCUGGGACUUGGACUCCUGAUAAGAGGAAGAACUACAAUCUUCUUGACGCCGUGAGCAGGCACACGAUUCAGGUCUUUCCAAAGUCCUGGGCUGCAAUCCUUUUGACUUUUGAUAACUGCGGAAUGUGGAACAUCAGGUCCGAGAUAUGGGACAGGCACUACCUUGGACAGCAGCUCUAUGUGAGCGUUCUCUCCCCUGCGCGCUCCCUCAGGGACGAGUACAACAUUCCGGAUAACUUACUGCUUUGCGGCAUCGUGGAGAGCAUGCCUAAGCCUCCACCAUACAGCAUGUAA